AUGGACAAUUCAGUCAAUAAUGCAACCACAUCAAAAGCAACGUCGACUGCUGCUAUUUCUAAAUUGUCAACUGCCUUUAUUUACGAAGACUUAGUCUUUCAUAUACAAGCCAUUCAACAGCAAAUAAUUGAAAUAGUGAAAUUUAUUGAUGAUCAAUGUAGAAAUAACAAGAAAAUAAGGAAAGAAUUCAAAUCAAGUUCAUUAACAUUUAUUGAUCCUUAUGGAAAUCCAACAACAAAUGAAUAUUUUGAUCACCAAAUCAUCAGUACUAUAUUCAGUAACUAUAAGAACGAUUACGUUCCAAAAUACUUGCAAAAAUGGAUCAAAAUUGGAAAAAUGAAUGAAAACGUUAUUUCACCACUGAGUGAAGAUCAGCUCAAUUCGUCUGUAUCCGAAUAUGAUGAUGUUUAUCGAUUUAUUACUUAUGGCGAAGUCAACAUAUCGAUUAUAUAUUCUGACAAUAGACUACCGCAUUCAUUUAUACUGCCAGUUCUUCUGACUGACAAUAUAGAAAACCUUAAAAUGCAAAUACAAAAACUGCAAAAAUUAAAAAAUAUAGAAUUGAAGUUACUAAUUUUAAAUGUAGAUACUCAAAUAAGUACAGCAUGUUGGAAUGAAGAUCAAAGACUCAAAUCAGAUGGCACUGUCAUCUCAUAUAAAUUAUAUGAAGAUAAUUGUAUCAUCAUGGUAAAAGUAUUGGGAGAGAGCGUUUUUGGAGAAGCCUCGUUGAAUUAUCAACUUUUUGUGAAAACUCUUACUGGACAGGUAAUCACUUUUGAAGUGAAUUCUUCGACCGAUAUUUUUACUCUCAAACAAUACAUCCAAUAUAAAGAAGGUAUUCCCCCAGCUCAACAGCGUUUAAUAUGUGCGGGUAAACAACUAGAAGACGACAGAACUCUCUCCGAUUACAACAUCCAAAAGGAGAGUACGCUUCAGUUAGUAUUACGUUUACGCGGUGGUAUGUUUCAUUUUACAAGCGGUCGACAAAAUUUUGAUAAAUUACCAAGCAAACCAGUCAAAGCAAUAAAAAGAUUUCUUGCAUUUGAAUUCGAACAUACUAAUCAUCUCGCAUAUUUAUCACCGAGGGAACUGCAAAAUUCCGUUUUACGAGCGCAAGCUUUACUCUCAGCGUUAUUCUCUGAAACAAGACGCUCUACCGUAGCGAAUGGUGUGCCACAUUUAAAAAACAUUAUACUAUCAGAGGCUGUUGAUGACGACGUCGGUGAAGACGAUAAUGAAGAUGUUUCCAAUGAUCCAUGA